AAGGUUUGACAAAAAAAUGGCCAAAGAGCUACUCAACAAAACAGCAAAAUCUCACCUAUUGUGUCUCUGUCCCCUUAUUUUCUUGUCUUCUUUAACAAACCUUUCACAUUCUUCUUUCUUCUCUCUUCUUUCUUCUUUCUUUAGAGAUUUUCAAUCUUUUCCCUUGGAUUUUCUUCACCAUAUUGGCCAUGGACAAGCACCACCAUCAACUACCUCUAACCAAGUCUACUUCGCGCCAGCGUUAUAACGAAUGGGUAUUUCGAGAUGUUCCUAGUGAUAUAACAAUAGAAGUGGAUGGUGGCAUAUUUUCACUCCACAAGUUUCCCCUUGUUUCGAGAAGCGGACGAAUCCGGAGGCUAGUAGCAGAGCACAGAGAUUCUGAUAUAUCAAGAAUUGAGCUUGUUAGUUUACCAGGUGGAACAGAAUCAUUCGAGCUAGCAGCCAAAUUCUGUUAUGGUGUCAACUUUGAGAUCACAGCAGCAAAUGUUGCUCAGCUUUGUUGCGUAUCCGAUUAUCUCGAGAUGUCAGAGGACUACUCGAAAAACAAUCUCGGUUCAAGAGCUGAAGAAUAUCUUGACAGCAUUGUUUGCAAGAAUCUUGAAAUGUGUGUUGAAGUCUUGAGACAAUGUGAAAACUUACUUCCACUUGCUGAUGAGCUGAAAGUUGUUAGCCGGUGUAUCGAUGCUGUAGCAUCGAAAGCUUGUGUCGAGCAAAUCGCCUCAAGUUUCUCGCGAUUGGAGUAUAGUAUCUCAGGUGGAAGACUACAUAUGAGUAAACAAGCCAAUUGCGAAUUGGACUGGUGGAUUGAGGAUAUUUCAAUGCUUCGUAUCGACUUGUACCAACGUGUCAUAACCGCGAUGAAGUUUCGUGGGGUUAGGCCUGAGAGUAUUGCUGCAUCACUAGUGAACUAUGCACAGAAGGAAUUGAUACAAAAGACCCUUUCUGGUUCAAAUAUCCAAGAAAAACUAGUGGUUGAGACGAUCGUGAGCCUGAUGCCAGUUGAAAAAUUCGUCGUGCCCUUGACCUUUCUUUUUGGAUUGUUGCGAAGUGCAGUGAUGUUAGAUUGCACGGUUGCUUGUAGGCUUGAUCUCGAGAGGCGGAUAGGAUCUCAAUUGGAUACGGCUACCCUGGACGAUAUACUGAUUCCUUCCUUUCGACAUGCUGGUGAUACAUUGUUUGAUGUUGACACAGUGCAUCGAAUAUUGGUUAACUUUUCACAGCAAGAGGGCGAUAGCGAUGAUGAUAUGGAAGAUGUAUCGGUUUUUGAAUCCGAUAGCCCUACUACGACGCCAUCACAAACUGCAUUGUUCAAAGUAUCAAAGUUGGUUGACAAUUACCUAGCUGAAAUUGCACUAGAUGCAAAUCUAAAGCUGAACAAGUUCAUUGCUGUUGCAGAAACAUUACCAGCACAUGCGCGUACUGUCCACGAUGGACUUUAUCGAGCAAUCGACCUUUACCUCAAGGCUCAUCAAACUUUAUCAGAUCCAGACAAGAGGAGACUAUGCAAAUUGAUUGAUUUCCAAAAGCUCUCACAGGAAGCUGGUGCACAGGCUGCACAAAAUGAGCGCCUUCCCCUCCAAUCAAUCGUUCAAGUUCUUUAUUUCGAGCAAUUGAGGCUACGAAACGCCUUGUUUUGUUCGUACCCUGAUGAUGACAUUAAGCCAACGCACCAGUCUUGGAGGAUCAAUAGUGGUGCUCUUAGUGCUGCAAUGUCUCCCAAGGACAAUUAUGCUUCGUUGAGACGAGAAAAUAGAGAGCUAAAACUUGAACUAGCGCGGAUGAGGAUGAGAUUAAAUGACCUGGAAAAAGAUCAUGUUUGUAUGAAGAGGAAUAUGCAAAAAUCUAGCUCGAGACGAUUCAUGAAAUCCUUCUCCAAAAGGAUUGGCAAAAAGUUCAAUAUUUUCGGACAUAAUUUUUCCAGGGAUUGUAGUUCUCCCUCAAGUCAGUCAGAAAGAACUGAAUCUAAAAUAACUGAAAGAACUUGACAAUCGAUGAGGGGAGCCUUGGCGUAGCUGGUAAAGUUGCUGCCAUAUGACCAGGAGGUCACGGGUUCGAGCCGU